UCUCUCCUUGUUCUUCACACAGCACAUCACAAGCUUGAUAAAGAGAGAGUUUCUAGGGUUUUUCUUAUAUAUUUUGAUAAGACAAAAUCUUAUUAAACUUAACUUCUUUAUCAAUGGCUUAUUCUAAGAUUGCUAUUCUCCUUAUCUUCAAUGUCAUCUUCUUCACUUUGGUCAGCUCCACUUACGUUCCUAGCCCACCACCACCGUACAAGAAGCCCUCACCGUCGUCUCCUUACCCCACUUGUAAAAACGCUUUAAAACUUAAGGUUUCUCUACCAUCAUCCUCCAAAUGUUGCAGCCUUAUCAACGGUUUAGUUGAUCUUGAGGCUGCGGUCUGUCUUUGCACUGCCCUAAAGGCUAACCUCCUCGGGAUCAAGCUAAAUGUUCCCAUUUCGUUGAGUGCUAUCCUAAACCAUUGUGGCAAGAAAGUUCCAUCU